GUCAUUCAUUCAAAUUCAUAACAUCGAUACGAUCACGUCUGAUAGCAUAGCAUCUCUAGCGGUAACUGUUGUUAUCGUUAAGAAUUGUCUUUUCCACAAGCCCGGUUGGAUUUUAUUGUGUAUUUCAACUGAGCGAAACAAAAUAUCAAAAAAGUGUUUAUUAGACGAUUCUUUUGUUGUUGGUUUUUCUUUGAACGAAAAACGAACAAAAAUCCGAAUUCAUUCAACGUUUUCUGCAAAAGCAGUGAAUUAAGUACUGAAUUUUCGAUCGGAUUUUCAGAGAAGUGACCAGGAAUAUACGUUGAAAAAAGUGAUUUGAAAAGAAGGAAAAGUGGAAUUGAGUUGACGUUUAUCUUAUUCAAAAUGUGCAAAGUGCCUACACGGAUUACUAACUAAUGUUUUACGCGUAACAAUCAAUUGGCAUCUGAGAACUUUCUAAACGAAAAAAAAUUAAACUGAACAUUCAAACGAUCAAAUUGAUCUGAAAACUAUCAUCUUAAUAAAAAUAUCAUCAGAGAAUACCACUUAAAGCAAUUAAAAAUGGCAAUUGAAUCAGAAGCUUUUGAUGCCUCGAUCCGUCGACGUAAACUUGGAAAUCUAUCAAAUCAGUCAUCCUCAUCCGAUUUACUGAAUAACAACAACAACAACAACAAUAACAAUGAAAAGUUCUCCGACUGCAUCGACUCGGAUGUUGAGAAAGAUUUUGAUGCAGACGUUUCGACAUUGGGUCCAGCUGUAAAGGAAAUUCUCGAGGAAACCACAGUUUUACCACAUGACGAAGCACUCGAUAAACUUAAAGAAGUCGGAGCAAAAACACCCAUUCUGCCAUCGGAGAUCGGCACAGAUUUUAACUUCAAGCGACAAAUCGUUUGGGAAAAUGCCAUCGGUUUCCUGAUCCUACACAUUUGCGCACUCGUCGGUAUUUUCAUGACAUUGUUAGGAUAUGUACGUGUAUACUCAAUCGUUUACACAUUCAUAUUGAUGUAUGGAUCCGGAUUGGGUGUCACAAUGGGAGCUCAUCGUCUUUGGUCACAUCGAUCAUUCAAAGCAAAAACUCCAUUAAAAAUAUUCCUCUUGUGGCUUCACACAUUGGCUGGACAGAACUGCUUGUAUGUAUGGGUUCGUGAUCACCGUCAGCACCACAAAUAUUCCGACACAGACGCAGAUCCUCAUAAUGCAAAUCGUGGAUUUUUCUUCAGCCAUGUCGGCUGGUUGAUGUCAAAGAAGCAUCCAAAAGUAUUGGAAUACGGAAAGAAAAUCGAUAUGUCAGACUUGGAAGCCGACAAAUACAUUAUGUUCCAAAAAGAACAUUACAAAUUGCUUUACACCAUUUUUGCUUUGCUCUUGCCAACAUCAAUUCCAAUUCUUUGCUGGAAUGAAGAUCCAAUCGUGGCAUUGUUUUCGUGCUUCUUCUCCAGAGCCGUUAUUUCAUUGAAUUGCACGUGGUUGGUUAAUUCAGCAGCUCAUUUGUACGGUACCCGUCCAUUCGAUAAAACACUUUUCCCCGUUGAAAACUUGGUUGUUGCGUUCUUUGCUGUUGGUGAAGGAUGGCACAAUUAUCAUCAUGCAUUCCCAUGGGACUAUCGUGCAUCAGAGCUUGGAUCACCAUUGAAUAUCACUGGAUUUUUAAUCGAUGUUCUGGCCAAUUUCGGUUUGAUUUUUGACCGUCGUGAAGCGUCCAACAAUAUGAUUAAGAAUCGUUGCAUGCGAACUGGCGAUAAUUCACACAAAGUGUACGGCACCGAUGAAGGUCGACGAGCAAUCACAACACUGUUCAACAUCUGGAAACAUCCAUCGAAUCCAACAUACAACUCAAUUUUCGCACCAAAACCGAAAAUUAUCAACUCCGAAGGUUAUGCGCUUAUCGAGGAUGAACUAUCGAAAAAUGAAAAAGAUGAAGAAUUGUUGUCACGUGAAAAUGAAGAGCUUGAGGAGCGUCAACGCCGUGUAUCACAAAUUGAGAAUGUUCUUGAGAAUGCUGGAAAAAUCAAAAAAUACAUUGUUGAAAAAUCAGAAGCCGAAAAGAUCAUCGGUACCAUUAGCGAUGCAAGUGACAAGGCAAUCAAACAGUUGAACAAUAAUAAUGAUACCGAGUUCAAACCAUUGAUGAGUUCAUUGUCAGACAAAAGUAAAUUAAACAUUGUUGAUGCUGAUAGUGCUCUUUUUGCAAAAAUUUAAAAAAAAAAAAAAAACGAUUCCAUCCAAUCGCGUGAUUGGAAAAACUCUUUUUUUCUAUUUUACUUGGACAAAUCUUACAACAACUAAUGAAGUUGAAUGAAAAGUAAAAUAAAAAUUAGAAAAAAAAAACAGAGAAAAAGCUUUGCACGCUUUGACUGCGUAAACAUUUAGAAUGAGGACCAAAUAUCAGUUUUGUCUUCAUGGUGAAACAAAAAAAAAAUUCAAUUUUUAUGAACUUAUUGGCUUCGUAGCACUUAAAUUGUUUUUAAGACAAAUUUGUUAAUUUUUAGUGAAAAAAAAAAAAACAAUUACAAAAUGUGAGUGAUACCGUUCUAAUGUUUAAUUUUCUAUUAGUUCUUGGCCUUUGCUUUGGUAGAAUCAAUCCGAGGCCAGCUGUCAGAAUAAGUUUGAAUAAAAUAGAUUUAAGAUUGAUACAAUCGCAAUCGAUUGUGUAUAUUUUUUUUUUGUAAUUAAUUAAUAAACUAAUGAAUUUAAAUAAAGAAUAGUUUUUCUUCGUACAAGUAA